CCGAAAGACGAGCGAUCCGCGGGCUUCGUCGUGAUCUUGGCCGUGGUCCUCUCGGCUGCGAUGGGCGACAUCGAUCCGGCAACCAAAGCGAUUGUCAAGCAGGUCUUUGCCUACCUGGGGUUGGUCUUCUGGAGCUUCCAACUGUGCCCACAGGCAUGGUCCAACUAUAGACACGGAGCCGUCGGGGUCCUGUCCUCGCCGAUGAUGUUCUGCUGGGCAAUCUGGGCGCCGUUCUUUGCCGGCUACGGCAUGGGCAAGCCCGAGGGCCGGUUCACCGUCGGACUGAUCGUGCAGCCGAACCUGUUUUGUUUCUUUGCCCUCGUUUGCUUUGUCCAGUGUCUGCUUUAUCGAAGACAAGCAAGAGUUAUUACGACCCAGCGAGCGACCGUCCUACUCGCAUUGCUCUGCGUGGUUUUCGGCUGCCUAGAAUUCGGAAUGUACCUGAUUGUCAACUGGGUAGGCAUCCAGAAUCCAGAAUCAGGGGUGCUCAGCGCCUUGGGGCUGGUGCCGACGGUCUUGAUCAUUGGUGGAUUCAUCCCCCAGUACAUAACGAUCUGUGCCCAGCGACAGGUCGAUGGUAUCAGCUUCCUGUUCCUCGCCUGCGACAUCCUCGGAGGCAUAUUUUCGCUGGUGUCGCUCUAUUUCCAUGACGGUCCAUUCGAUUACAUCAGUGCCGGCUCGUACUUGGGUGUGAUUAUGCUCGAUCUCGGGAUUGUUGUUCUCCACCACUGGUUUGUUCGACAUCCGUCGCGGUCGAGCCGCAAGACUGCGUCUCUGGAUGACACACUGUGAGGGUGCCACCGUCAAGUACAUCCAUCGUCAUUACCGAGCUUAUAGAUUGGGAUAGAGAGGGCCAGAUCUUGCCGAUGCCAAGGCACCUCCCUUCAUGCCGAUCACUCGCCAUCCGUGUGAAAAUGAAGCGAGACUACAUUCCGAGACCGAUGAACGAACGGCGGCGUAGGCGGCGCUCCAUUUGAGUUGUGUGCAAGUCGACUGUAACGAUCAGCCACGUAUAUUCAAGAUUGCUGUGCCA